AUGAGGUAUGGUGUUUGCAGCCAAGGCAAAGUGAGUGGAAUCGUCACCAGGCAGCAGAAACGGCAAGCUGGAUUGCCUUUUGCAAUUCUUACUUCAAGGCAUUCCCCCUUCCAGCGAGGAGUAUUCUGUAAUGAUGAUUCCAUCAAGUACCCUUACAAAGAAGACACCAUACCUUAUGCAUUAUUAGGUGGAAUAAUCAUUCCAUUCAGUAUUAUCGUUAUGAUUCUUGGAGAGACCUUGUCUGUUUACUUUAACCUUGUGCACUCAAAUUCCUUUAUGGGAAAUAAUUACGUAGCCACUAUGUACAAAACCAUUGGAACCUUUUUAUUUGGCGCAGCUACUAGUCAGUCCCUGACUGAUAUUGCCAAGUAUUCAAUAGGCAGACUGCGGCCUCACUUCUUGGAUGUUUGUAACCCAGAUUGGUCAAAAAUCAAUUGCAGUGGUGGUUACAUUGAACACUACGUGUGUAGAGGAAACCCGGGAAAAGUCAAAGAAGGCCGGUUGUCUUUCUACUCAGGCCACUCUUCGUUCUCCAUGUACUGCAUGCUGUUCGUGGCACUGUAUCUCCAAGCCAGGAUGAAGAGAGACUGGGCCAGACUCUUACGUCCGACCCUGCAAUUUGGUCUUGUUGCCACAUCCAUCUAUGUGGGUCUGACUCGAGUUUCUGAUUACAAACACCAUUGGAGCGACGUGCUGACUGGACUCUUUCAAGGGGCUCUGGUUGCAAUAUUAGUCGUUGUGUAUGUGUCGGAUUUCUUCAAGGAGAAAAACUCUCUUAAAGAAAGCAAAGAGGAGGACUCGCACACGGUUCUUCACGAGACGGCCUCAGCGGAGAAUCACUAUGGGAAUAACCACCAGCCCUAGAGGGUGGCUGAAGCUGGCCUGUGCACCACACGAGGCUGUCGCACACCUCGCCUCCUGGUGCACAGGCCUUUACGGACUGCUGCUGCUAAUACCUCUUGGAUGCCCACUUUACCUGUGUAUAAGGGUCACAUUUAACACAACUGCUCAGAGUUCGUUUUUAAAAGAAAAUGUUAAGCAUUCACCAAAACAAUACCCCUCACCCCCUGUACGUUUUUUUUUUAAUUAAAAAUGCAAUGCUGUGUACAGAU